AUGUGCCAGUCCCAGACACCAGCGACGGCCGCCCUCGACCGAUGGACCCGGAGCUCGGGGAGGUUAAGCAUGCGGCUGCACAGCCUGCGCUCUCCACGACCUCACGCCCGUGCUGCCGGCUCGUCACGCGGCACGCCGCGCGUCCUCUGUCCGCCCAUGCGCCCAUGCGCCCAUGCCGGGCGCCCCGCGGUUCCGGCCCCCGCUGGAGAGCAGCGCGACCCCUGCGCCAGAGUUCUCCCAGCACCACGCAGCGUGGAUGGCCGUGGCCGGCUGCACAGUCAGCGCCUGCUCAGCACCGAGUGGGGGCUGCCCAGCCUUGCCAGAGCGAUUUUGGGGACCAGUAGGACUUUGACAUACAUCAGAGAAUAUUCUGUUGUGGAUCCAGUGGAAAAGAAAAUGGAACUUUGUUCCUCCAAUAUCACACUCACAAAUUUGGUGUCAGUUAAGGAGAGGUUGGUGUACACAGCGCAUCCGGAGAACCCUGACAUGACGGUGCUCACACAGGAGGCCACCAUCACCGUCACGGGGAUCAGCCUCGGCGGCUAUUUGGAAAGUUUAAUGGCCAACACGAUAUCAUCCAAUGCAAAGAAGGGCUGGGCUGCUAUUGAGUGGAUAAUUGAGAAUUCUGAAAGCGCUGUAAGCUGACAGCAUCUGCACCCGCACCUGUGACAAGCGUGCUGACCACGGCACUCACUGGCUGGGUUGGGGAUUCACUCUGCCGUGCACGUGGUCAGCGAUGGUGGUCAGAGGACGUGAAGCCACGCGGCUGCACGUGAGUCUCCAGCCCCGGCUCUCCCUGGCCAGCAGGACCACGAGCUCUGUCCUGCUGCUGCGGGUCCUCGUCUCAUGGCAAGAGGAUCUUCGGGAAACUUAGCCGCUGUUGUCCAAGGAAGGUAGUUGGGUGUCUCUGGCAAACUGUCCUCGGCUCUUGGUUACUUAAACCGUCCUUCAGUGCUCGAGCAUAGCUAGUGAAGAAGCGUUCCUUAGCAGGUCCGGAGAGUGUUCCAGCCUGAUCUAAUGGGGGUGGGUGGAUUUCUCAUUUGGGGUAAAUUUGCACAUGUUCUUAUGAAAGAUAUUUUGUGCCCAGCUUUUCACUUGCCACAGCUGCACCGGCCCUUUCCUGUUCGUGGCAAAAGCCACUUCUUGCAGCUCCUUGUCUGGGCCACCUGGGCCGGCCCAUCACUGGCAGAUUGGCCCGGCUCCCAGCGCUCCCUGCAUGUCCUCAUGCCUGAGAGAGGAAGGCCUUCCUGCUUCCCUCUGCCUGAGGCUCCUCACCCUCCUGCCUCGUCACUGUGGCUGUCCCUAGGAUGUCUGCAUCUGCCCCUUGGUCAGCGCACAGCCGUGUGGCUCUAGGCAUCUUUAGGAACUUCUUGCUGAUUUUCCCCAAGUCACUGAAGCUGAGGUUUGCAGGGACCUUCAGCUUGAACCCAAGGUCUGGUCAGCCCCUGGGCCCCUCCUCUCUGGUGGCCUCACCCUGAGGCUGAGCACCCUGGGAACUCCUGCCUGGCCUGGGGUGCAGGGGGUGCUGGCUGUGAUGGCCACUAAUGUCGGCUCCUCGGGUCUGCUUCCUCACAAACCAGAGCUAAAUUGCUUCCAUCUUUAAUCAGAUACCUCAUCCAAACUAUCAAAGACGAAAGGAGAAGGAAGGAAAGAAAAAGAAGAGAAAAAGCAGAGCUAGGCUGGGCAGGGUUUGCGGCCUAGUCUGGGACAGGAGUAUCUGCCGCAGGUGCCCCCCGCUCUCUGCAGAAGGUGGGCACAAGACCAGCAUCUAACUGCCCUUCCUAAGGACUGUGCAAUAGCCCCCGCCUGUCCCCGCCCCAUCCCAGGGACAUCUGGGCUCUGGGACUGCCUCACCUGCUGGGCAGGCUGCGGUGGCCGCUCCUCCUGAGCCCGACUGGCCUGUGCUUUCGCAUUGCGUGGGAACUGGGGUCACUGUUGCCUGUAGCGUCAGAAGUUUGUGUUCGUGUUUUUCUCCUUAUGGUUCUGUGGGCAUUUCAGGGGCAAAGGCAAAACGUCUUUUUUCCACUAUCUUUAAAUCAAAGUUGUUUAGAACAGGGGCUGGCCGGUUAGCUCACUUGGUCAGAGUGUGGUGCUGAUAACACUGAGGUCCAGGGUUUGGAUCCCUUAACUGGCCAACCAUCAAAAAAAAUUUUUUAAAAACUAAAGUUGUUUAAAACAAGACCGACUUAUAAAUAAUAAUUUAAAACAACAUCAAUUUAUAAAUCAUUUGUAAAUACUUUAAGAUAUAAGCAAUCCAUGUUUAUGGAAAAAAAAAAAUAAAGUACUGGUCUGUUGAAGAGUAAAGGCUUACCUGCUCCCUCUGCCAGUCAACUCCCCCUUUUUAUUGAGCCUUCCAGAAGUUUUCUAUGCAUGUGAAAGUAUAUGUGUGUUUUCUUUCUUUUCCUUCUUUUAUUAAACACCGAUGGGACCAUGCUGCA